ACGCACCCGUCGGAGCCGGACGGUACCGCGAGCGCGGAUCUCGAGCGCUCGAACCCGCGGACGGGGGCGGCGUGACGUCACGCGCGGAUGCCAAGCGAUGACGCGAAGAAGAACGAAAGCUCGUCGACGUCGGCGGCCGGCAGACAAAGACCCCGAUGCGGACCGACGCCGCGGAGUCGCUCGGGCCAUCUCGCCGCGUUAGCGUGAGGACGCCUCGGCUCGAUGGAGGAUGCGUGACUCCGCCCGGAUCGAUGCCCCGGAUUCUUCGCUGUUCGGCCGUCGUUCGGCUCCGGCCAAGGUGCGCUCGGGCGGCCUGACGUCAGCGCGCAGCCAAAGUCCCCGCGGGUGCACUUUGGACGCCGGAGGUUCUGCUCUGCUCAAGAAGACGAAGAAGAAGAAAAGGAAGGAGUCGCGGUGACGGCGCCGCCACGCAAGAGUUCCCGCCAUGACCCGUCCGCUCGCCCCGGUGGCCCUCGCCCUGGCGCUAACGCUGGCUCACGUGCGCUCCCAACCCGAGCGCUGCUUCUCGCGGCAGCACCAGAACGCCGCCGUCAACGCCAGGGCGGCGCUCGCCGCCGCCGGCGUGGCCGCGGCCUCCCGAUCCGUGCCCGCCGAGCAGGACUGCGUGCUGGCCUGCUGCUCCCGGCAGGUGACGCCGGGCGCCAAGUGCAACGUGGCCGUGUUCAACGGGAACAAGCGCAACGCCGGCGAGGACAACUGCUUCCUGUACCACUGUCCCAACGAGCGCGACUGUCCGCUGACCAAGGCCCCGCCCGGCACGCGCACCUAUGACAUCUUCAAAGGUAAGCGCUUGCGCUUCCCGUCUGCUCGGGCCUCGCACCUCGCGCCUGUUGUGGUUUCCCGCGCAGGUGCGGUCCAUCCGAGCACCGCCCGCCCCGUUGCUACGACGACCGUCGGCGGCCAUUCGACCGCGGCGGGACCGUCCGGCCGCACGCCCGUUCCGCCCGCUGCGACGCCGCCGGCCACCGAGCGAGCGGACGAGAUGCCGAAAAAGCAAAGCAAGACAAAAAGCCCCAAAGAGUCUUUCAAAAGUGAGGAGGCGGGGCCGACGACUGCUGACAAACUGCCCGAGAGCACCGCGCCUCCGAGCACCGCUCCCGCCGUUGGGACUCCGCCUCCUACGACCACGACCCCACCUACAACUUCAACUUCAACUACAACUUCAACUACAACUACAACCGCCGUGACCACGACUCCGCCCGCCGCGACAUCAAGCCCACCCCCGCCGCCCACACCCACGAGGACCACGCCGCCGCCUCCGAGCACCGCGACUCCACCGAGCGCGAGCGCCACGCCUCCUCCUCCGCGGACUGCCAUUCCUCCGACCGCAAUGGCGAGCGCCAGCCCUCCCGUGACGGCGACAACUCCGCCUUCUUCGUGUAUGACCGCGACUACUCCGUUGACAUUUGGCAGCGGGCGGAGCCAGACAUCCGAGGUGCCAGCGGGUGGCCGAAACCCCGGGGGGCCGCUUUCGGCGGGGCCGGGGGCACUGAAGAGCGGCGCGGUGGCGCUCCUGGUGGCGGCGGUGGCGGCGCUGACACUGGCGCUGGCGCUAGGCGGGCGCAAGGCCAUGGAGUCCUUCGACAGGCGCCAUUACACGCGCCUGGAGCUCAACGACCUCCACUACGACCUGUGAAAGCGGCGUCGCCGCGUCCCGGCGGGCCGUCUCCGCCGGCAAAAUGGCCGCGUGACGCAAAAGACGUCACGUUGUCUCGGGGGCGCCCGCUGCGUUUGUCUUCGGAGACCAACGGGGACAGCCCAACUCAGGGAGACGCCGGUGCGCAACCCGCACGACUCGACUUCUUCACGCUGGCACGUCAUUUCCGCCACUCACGAUGGUCGCCGUCGUGGGUUCGAUUUGGAAUCGAUUUACAAUCAUUGUUCAAUAUGCAUUCCUUGAUUGAAUAUGUCAAUGGAUCCAUGGAUUGGGAUCCUGGUUCCGUUCCCGCUUGGGCGCGGAACAUCCGUCGGAAAAGCUUGAUGGUUGUUUUCCAAAGUCUGAUUUCGUGUCGAGACACUGAAAUCCGGACCGGCUGGGUCACUCGGGCCAAUUCAACGAUGGACGAUCCAAAUACUUAUCAAGUCAUUUGAUCAGAGAUUAGUUCGUCGCACCUUUCCAUCACCUGCAUGUCUUUUUUUAAUCACUAAAUAGCGCACGCGUGCUUUGAAUGUAACACACGUUUGAAGAUUGAACGCUGAGAUUCUUUCUUUGGGACGAAGGAUUUUUUUUCUGGAGCUUUUCGAAGCAGUUGUUUAGAUGCUGCGGCGCCCCUUUUGGCCACACGGCGGCGACAGCAGCAGGUCCAAUCACCCGUCACCCCCCCCCCCCCAAACUUUUUUGCUCACAUUUUUCAACCCAAAGCUGAUGUUGACACUUUUUGAUUAAAACUUCUUCUUGUACGCAUUACAAAUAAGAA